GCAUGAGGAUAUAUUUUUUAGUGUGAGACCUUUACCUAGUUGGUACUCCGCAUGUCUCGCAGCAACGUGUUUGGUCCAAACUCACUUUAUUCCUUCACGAAGUUCGGCGCCAUUCCCCGCAGCCAUGCCUUCGAGGCUAACAAGCGUACUAGGGAUCUUUUUAGGCUUGAGAGUCAAAGGCACAUGCAGCGGGACUUCAAUCGGGAGCGGCGGUACCGUUUUUGCGUACGGUGUGGGAUCACUACUGUGAUGGUUAACUUUGACUGCGUCCCGUCCGCGCGCAUCGGGCUUUGGGGGCGCUGUGUGAAUGAUAGCGAUUACACCCACCACCGCUUUGCCCAGCUAACACAGAGAGAGCACGCCCGUUUGACUGAGUGGCCUGUCGAACGGCGCCUCAACUGGUGGCUCUAUGAACGCGAGGAUGCCCAAUGA